AAUUAUGCCCCCUUAAUCAUUCACCAUGGUGCAAAAUGUUUACAGAUGGCGCUUUAAAAGCAUUCCAACAGUUUCAUUCUGAAAACAAGAAUAUCUGGAUCUGUAAUUUAAAUUCUUUAAGUCCACUUUAUUCAAAAAAUAUUGGAAAUGAGUUUUAAAGACUUAAGAAGUAGGUUCAUAUUAAUAUACAAACAAAUCUACACGAUGUGAGUGUUGUAGACAGUGUAGAAUAAAAUACUUUUAAUUAUAAAAUAAAGUACGCUGUGCUCACUUUUAAACUAAGACUAAACUCACUAGACUUUUUUUUUUUUACGCUUGUCUCGUAAAGAGUAUGUCAGUUAUAACUUAGCACCACGCCAGAAGCACUUGACAGUGACUAUUAUUAGUUACUAGUAGUAGUAGUGAAGAGGGAGAGUGAAUGAAAUGCCUAUCAAUGACUGACUCAGUUAUCCCACUCGCCCUCACGCAUUGUCAUUGUGAUUGUCAUUGUGCGACAUGGGCAUGGUGGUGCUGGGUGUGAAAUAAAUAUACAGUUUAUUGAAAGAAAUAAAAGUUUUAGUAAUCAAUGAAUAAAUCAGUGGUUUUAAUUUUAAGAAUUCACCAAAAGAAAAUCAUAACUCCACUUCUAUAAAAGAUAGAAAGAUGAACUUUCUUGGUGUUUUUGCAUCACUGAAAACUAGCCCUGUAAAAUUAUUGCAUUUUAAUUGCAAGAAUAUUAAUUGCUGAUGAUUUCGACUGGGGAGUCACAAGUUGAGAACGUUAUCACAAACCUUCAAUCAUUAUUACCUUGAAAAAUUUUCCAUUUAAAAAAAAAAUCAUCAAAUUUUCACCAAAUAAAUUAACAACUUUUUUCCACCAGAUUUUACAGAGAUGAUGCGGGCCUUGGGAUUUCAUCGGCUUAUUUCAAUGGAGAAUUUUAGGACUCCAAACUUUAAACUAGUUUACGAAUGCCUAACUUGGUUGAUGAAAAGGUGAUGUGAUUGUAUUUAUGCUUUUAGUGAAUUUCUUUGUCCAUGUACCUAAUCAUCCAGUGCAACCCAAAUCAUUGAACAGUAUAAAUUUGAUUAAAAAUUAUUGGACAGUAAAUUAUUUACUAUUUAUUUAUCCAUUCUCUAUUUGACACUUUCGUUAAAAAUUAAAAGAGUUUAAAACUUUCGUUAAAAGCGUUUAAAACUCAGGUGAUCAAUUCAAAAACAAAAACUAGUUCAUCACUGAAGUAGAUUUAAUUAAAGAUUGAAGAGACUAUACAAUGAUUUGAAGCAAACCCAUUCCAUUUUCUUUUUCAUUGGGGUCAUUUAAAAAUAGAGUAAGUGGUAUUUGAUCCCAAAGCUGUGUAUAAUUUUUUAAAGUUUUUAAUUGCUUUGCUCCUUUUCCAAUAGAUAUGAUCCUAAUGCUGACAUUGGAAUAGAUAUUGACACAGAGCAAGAUCGAGUGAUUUUUAUUAAAACAGUUGCAGAGUUCAUGGUAAUGUUUGCUUACUUUUUUUAUUAAUUUUUUAAAAUUCCAAGUAAAAUUGGACACAGAAUCCUUAAAUUAAAUAAAUGUAUAAAAUUUGAUGCUAUAUGAAUCUUUUUCCUGCAUCUUGGUAUGGGGUCAUUUUUGUUUUGUGUCCUGGUGUCCAAGUUGAAUUAAGAACGUGUUGUAGUUGGCACAAUUUAAUAUAAAUUUUAUUGAAUUUUAUUGUGUUUACAUCUAAGAAAUAUAGACAGACAAUUUGCCUUGUCAUGGCCAAUGUCCCAUGAUGGACAAGAAUUAAAACACUGUCAUUAAGUAUACUUAACUGCUGCAGUGAAGGAUUUGUAGUUCUGUAAAAGAAUUGACAUUUUCUAUUUUUCUAAUUGUUCUAUUUUUGAUUGCAUGCCUUCAGACAAGUUACAUGAGUUGCGAAGUAAUGUUACACCAGUUACAAAGUCAUGUUAUGCCAGUUAUAAAGUCAUGUUACGUCAGUCACAUAAUUUCGCCUGUAUUUGUUUUUUAAUGUGCUGUCUGAAUAGUUUUUAAAGACUUUUCUUUAGAAAAGUAAAACACUGUAGAUAAUAAGUUUGAAAAAAUAUUUUUCAAUCAAAAGCAUAUCUCAGAGAAAUCAACAAAAAAGAUGCUAAUCAAAUAUUAUGUCUUUUUCAUUAUUUGUCAGUUACAAUUCCAAAAUGUAUUAUUUUUACUAUUAUGUUUAAUAUAUACUUAUAAAUGCUCUUGUCAGACAGUCGACCAACUUAAGACCCAAAAACGAUGUACAUGUAAAGUUUAAUACAGCACACUUGAUGGCAUUUUUUAUUUAUGAAAGAUGUAAACGGCAAUAUCUUUUUUCAGAAAGUGGCCUCAGUUUUCAUGAAUUGAAUUUCACCCUUUCUUUCUUUUUUACAUUUUUAUAAGAGACAGCAGACACUUGACAUGUAAGCACUGGCGUGAGAAAGUAAAAAGAAUUAACUUUUCAAAUUGCUGUCCUAGUUGAAAAUAUAUUUGCCGCAUAUUUAAUAAGUCAGCAGAUGAAAGAAUUCAUUUAAAUCUAAGUAACAUUUGUGGCAUCAAAGUAUUCUAAAUACAAGAUUUUUUAUUUAUGUAAAUUAGAAUGAAUGUUAUACAUUAAUUUUUUUUUUUAUAUAUACAAGGCCACAAAAGCUCACAUCAAAUUAAACACAAAAAAGCUGUACGGAGCCGAUGGCUACGCUGUCAAAGAAAUGCUCAAAGUCACCGCUGUUCUUUACAGUGCUACAAAAACAAAUGUGGCCGGCAAGCUCGAGUCCGGGUCAGGAGAUUCAGCAAAUGUUUCCUUUGAUGUGUCAUCCAGAGUAAGUUUUGAGUGGCAAAGCCUAACCCACCAAAUACUUAUGUUCUACCAAAUACUUAAGUCCUACCAAAUACUUAAGUCCUGUCAAAUACUUAAGUCCUGUCAAAUACUUAAGUCCUGCCAAACACUUAAGAGCCAAAAUGACAUUUAGAUAAAAAAAGCAAUUUUUUUGUCUAAGGUACUGGUACUGCAACCCACCAAUACUAUGGGUAAAUAAUAGUGUUUUUUGUUGUUGUUUUUUUUAUUUGUUUAGGAAUAAAACAUUUUUUUCCAUAACACAUUUUAAUUUUCAACAGAUUAAUGAACUAAAAGAAGCCAGAAGAUUGGCGUCAGAAAUUACAGUCAAGGGAGCUCAGUUAUAUGAUCUUUUAGGGAAAGAAGUUGACCUUAGGGUGAGUCAAGCUGACCUUUUAAAAUUAUAUCACUAAUAAAUGUUUUAGGCAGAGGAUUUAUUCGUUUAUAUAUAUAUUUCAGUGGAGUGAGUCAUAAAUAUAUAUUUUUAAGAAUACAUUUUUGAAGUAAUCUUAAACUUGCCGCUGCUUUGAAUCAAACAAACCGUAUAAUUCAAAAGAUAAAUUUCUCCAGUGGUAUCAGUUGCCUGCCUGUUACGGUCUGAAAUGUAUUUAGGCGUUCCUUAUCACUUUUCACCAAAUUUUCCAACUUCAGUUUUUUUUAGCUUACAGUAUUGUUUAGACCCAAAAUACUUCAUCACUGCUCAACGUCCUUUCCAUAAUUGCGCCCCACAUUAACUGGACCAAUUUUUCCUAUGAUUUGAUUGUUAUAACAAACUUAUUUAAAGAUAAAAAUGCUCAAACUCAUCAAACUCUUAAUACUUUGUAUUUUUGGAAUUUGAUAUCAAAAACUUGUAUUGUCUAAUAUUGAUAACUUAUAUUAUAUAAUUUUGUUAUAAUUUAAAAUCAAUAAUCAAUUACUUAUAUUAUUUGAUAUUGAUAAAAUUUGAUACAAUAACUGAUAUUAUCUAAUAUUUCUAAGUGAUGGAAAUGUUAAAAAUAAAAUUGCAUAAUUUGAGACCAUAUGGCUUCAAAAUGUAGCAGCAGGCUCCAGGUGUUUAGUGGAAGAUAAUGGAAAGAUUUUAAAGAGCAGUUGUCGUCAUAGCUUUUCAAAAUGGUGGAUCAUUCAGAGUUAGAACUUUAAUUUUAUUCACUGGCGAUUUAUCCGUAUUUAAUGACUUAGGGUUUAGACAAUCCGUAUUAAGAAACCCACAGUAGAAACGAUUCAUUGUUGGUACCCCAUUGGUUGCUCAUUAAGAAACCCACAGUAGAAACGCUUCAUUGUUGGUAUCCCAUUAGUUGCCCAUUAAGAAACCCACAGUAGGAACAAUUCAUUGUUGGUAUCCAUUAGUUGCAAUAACAUGUUAUUAAGAGGAAUUUCCUUUUUCUUGAAAAACUGCUAAGUAUCAGCUUCUAGCUACCUUGCUAAUAACAGCUCUUGACUCAGUUCCGAUUUUUUUUUUUUUUUUUAUACAAAGCAUUCAAAAAAGAAGAAGCAAAUGUUGAUGAACUGUAAAGUUCACACAUCCAGGUUGUGAUAAAUGUUUGCUGAGAGGAAUCAUUUUUGCUACUCUUUCCUUGAAAGUUGUACUCAAUUCAUAAAUGUAUUCAACCAAUUUAUAUAUCAUAUUUUCAGUCUUAAUACUGUGUCCACUUUUAAAAUAAAGCAUUUGAAAUUAUUUUAAAAUGCAGAUAACAGAAAAAUGAAGCAUUUAUUGUAUUGACCAGAAGAUCUGGUUGAUUACCUCAUAAAAUGCGAUUAGGUCACUUUUAAAAUUUGAUAUUUAAAAAAGGAAUAAUGUUUUACACUUUAUUUUGUUAUUAAAAAGUAAAUAUUUGAUUUUAUAAUACGAAUGAAGCACUGUCAUUGUAGAUUUUUUUUCAUUUGAAGUGUUAAAAACAACUGAUGAUGGCAAAAACAAUUGUUCAUAUAGAAAGUGUGACCCAGUGAAAAUAAUAAUUGUGGGAGCUUUAAAUCUGAACUUUUUAAAUAAUUUUUUUUUGCAGGAGCAACGAGUACAAGUCGUAGCACGGGCGCUGGAGAUCAAUGAAGUCGAGCACGGCCUCCAAGGAUCCAUAGAGGCUGUGCGGGUAAUUAUUACAAUUGUUUUUGCGUAGCUAUUGUGUUGAACAAUUUAAAUAAGUCUUUGCCAGCUGUAUGCUUGGUUGAAAAUGUAUUGCUUUGAAAUUUUCAACAAUAAUGCACAAACAAGCUUUUAAGAUGUGAACUAUGAUAGGGAAUUUAUACAAAUAUGUACUAUCAUAUAGGAUUUUUUUUGACAUUACAUUUUUAUACCAUACUUCUAAAUAUUCAUUAAAUAAAUAUUCUACAGGUAAUCUUUAUUUAAAAUUACUUUUAUUAUGAUUUAAAUCAGGGGUAGGCAACCCUUUUUGUGCAGAGGACAGCAUGAGAAUUAAUAAUUUUUGCCAUGCCGCAUGAGAAUUUCCAAGGAAUCUAAAGUUAUAAAUUGAAUAUUUUUAAAAUAAAUUUGAAAUAACUAAAGCGUAAUGACAAUUAAAAAUAACAUAAUUUUUAAAAGCUUUGACUUUAAAAGUCAGUCAUUCACAUUGUGUUCAUUGAACAAAAACUUUAACCAAGUUCCUGGAAGGUCUUGCUGGCUGCACUAAAAACAUGUCAUCUGCCUGCAUGUUGGGGGGAGGGGGGGGUGUGUAAGCUUCCCACCCUGGACAUAAUUGAAUAAACUUGCAACAGAAAUUAUACACCAGAAAAUUUAAUAUUAUCACCAGUCUGCAUAAUUUCAUGAGUUUUUUUUUUUAUUUAGACAUCAGUAACCUUUGAAUGUGGAUGUAUUGAUGUAUGUUUAAAUGUGGAUGUAUUGAUGUAUGUUUCAAUGUGGAUCUUACAGAAUGAAAUCCAGAAGACCAUGAACAUGUUGGACAACGUUGCGUCAGAUGAAGCGAACCUGGAGGCGAAGAUUGAGAAAAAGAAGAGUGAGCUGGAAAGAAACAACAAACGGUUGCAGACGUUGCAGAGCGUCAGGUAGAACUGUAGUAAUGAGCUGUAGAAUUUAGGGGGAACUCCCUAAUUCUUAGAAAGCCUUUACUCUUCCUUUUUCUAUACUAGAAGAAGAUAUUAACUGCAUGGCUUCAUACUCCUAACCUUGUUGUAUAGAAGAAUACAGUUAUCAAAUUAAUGCGCCCAACAACUGAGUAUCAAAAUUAAAGGUAAUAGAAAAAACGCAUUAGUGGUCUAGCAUGAAUUAGAAGUCUAUUUUUCUUCUGUUCGUAUGAACACUGGAAAUAAGAUUCAUGGUCUUACGAUACCAAACAGUGGCAGUUCUCGACUUAAAUUUUUUUUGUUUUCUUAAAACUAAGCUGUACUAGUCCACUUUUUCUUUUCCUUUUAGGCCAGCCUACAUGGAUGAGUAUGAAAGAUUAGAAGAAGAUCUAGAGAAACUCUACGACGCUUACAUGAUCAAGUUCAGAAAUCUAGCCUUUUUAGAGACACAACUUGAAGAACAGAACAAAGUGGAACAUGAUAAAUUAGAGGUCAGAGGUCAAUUUUGCACUUUUAAAAAGUGUUCAUGUUGGCAUGCAUGUUUUUGAAAAGAAAAAAAAAGAAAAAAAUAGACCAUGUCAACACCAAACUUUAAGGGUGCGGGAGUGCCAUAUACUUGAAGCAACACAGUAUCAUAAGUUUUAUGAAUUUUCCCAUAAUAACUGGGGUUCAACUUCAAUAGUUCUUAAAAAUAAAUUCAAGUAGAACUUAUUCAUGAAGUUAAAAUUGUUUUGGAAAAAGGGAACAGCACCAAAAAUUGGAUGCUGGUUUAUAUUUUGAUUUACUCAAAGUGAGAAAGGAGAUAUUAUUAAUCAGCUACCUGUAUGUCACUUUAAUGGUGCCCGAAUGAUUGCUUGUGCCUUUGACUUUGGUUGUUUCUACUUUUGUUAUGAUGCAUUGAGUAGGUGCAUCAGCUGAAUAAAAACAGUGAGUUGAAUAUGGCCUUCAGGAAUAUUUUCAGUUGAACUUUAAGAAAGGAUAAAACUUGUCCUUGCUUCUCAGCACAGAAUCUCACGCAAUGCUAAAAUCCUUUAUCUUUCUCCUCCCUACUGAUGUCUUUUUGGAUAUCCUUUGUUUUCUGUUGUUAGGGGCCAUCCCUAUAUUAACUAAUUAUUUUGAUUUGUAACAGAUUCAAAUCAAAUUUACAAAUUAAAUUUAUGGCGCAUUUUUUAUUAAUAAUGAAUGAUUUUCUUUUAUUCAAAAUGUCAUUGAAAUCAAUCCUUGAAAUCUGUAUGGUGGAUGUAAUUUUUUUAAAAUUUAACACUUACUUGUAGGAAACUGAGCAGCAGUUGAAAGUUAUGGCAGAUAAAAUUAGAACGGAAGAAAGAAAACAUCAGCAGAUUUCUCCUGAGGAUAAUGAAGACGAUAAAAACAUCUUUGGUAAGUAAUAUUUUUGGCAAGUGAAUGAUUUGAAUCUAUAAGAAUGACAAAUAUAAUUGGAGAACUUGUUGUGUUUAACACAAAAACUUUAAACACAAAAAUAAUUUAACAGAAUUUUCAAAAGAAAAGCCCAAUAUUCAACCUCCUAACUAAAUUAUCUCCUCUUGUGGCAACAUGGAUUGCUGCUCAAGCUGAAAGGGGUUAAUACAAAACUAAACAAAUGGAGAGAAAAUAUUUACUUUAAAGAAAGGGUGAAAACUUAAAUAACAAGCGAGGGUUAAUACUGUCAGGACAAAUUACAAUAUAGUAUUUAAUAUACAUUUCCUGGGGGCUAGGGAAUGAAAUUUUAAAUAAUAUAAUAAUAUAAUGUUAUUUUGAAAUAUGAAGUUCGUUGGCGUCAUUUCUUGUAGUUUUAUUUAUUAGUUUGAAAGAAAAAAAUUCUUUUGAUUUAUUUAGAUGAAGAGGGAAAGGAUUCAGAUGAAGAAAUAGUGCCACGGGCUCGUGUGGCUGAUCGCUUCAGACCAGAAGGUAGGCAUUUUUCUGCUAUGAGCUUAUCAUGGUCUCUGCUGUGAGAAUAUCAGGGCGUUUGCUGUGCUUAUAAUAGUUAACUGUUUGUAAAGAAUAUAACAUUAUUAACUUAUUAAAACAAAAAUUUCCCUUAUCUUACGUUAUAUAAUGUUGAAUUACAGUAAUGCUAAAGUAGAGGCUGAAUUUGAAAAGAUGUCUUGGAAAUAAAGAAUGCAUACGAAAUAAAAACAAAAAAUUCAUCAGUGUAAAAACCGCAAUGGAAAUUCAUUAUUGAAGUUAUUAGAAACUGAUGAAUUUAAAUGCAUUUAAAUUGUUGGUAUGAAAUGAUGAACGGAACAAAUGUUACCUGACUAUCAAAUAAAUUUUACUUUCAAGUUGUUUAAUAGCCAUGGCAGAUGUUCCUUCAUUUUAUCCAGAGGACCAAAAGAUUUUUUUUUAAUCAUAUGUGAGUUUGUUAAUUUACAAAAGCCUCUAGAUUAAAAAUUUGAAAAAUUGUGUUGUACUGGAAGUGGAAGGAAUAAAGGAAAUUUAACACACAUUGGUAUUUAUGUUAAUAGAAUGAUAAUUUUAUAGUUUAUUUAAUUAUUAUUUGCCCUAGAUAUAAAACUGAAACUCUUAGGAUCAUCAUCUUAGUAACAAAGAAUUAAAGAGCUUUGAAACUCUUAGCAUCAUCAUGUUAGUAACAAAGAAUUAAAGAGCUUUGAAACUCUUAGCAUCGUCAUCUUAGUAACAAAGAAUUAAAGAGCUUUGAAACUCUUAGCAUCAUCAUCUUAGUAACAAAGAAUUAAAGAGCUUUGAAACUCUUAGCAUCAUCAUCUUAGUAACAAAGAAUUAAAGAGCUUUGAAACGCUUAGCAUCAUCAUCUUAGUAACAAAGAAUUAAAGAGCUUUGAAACUCUUAGCAUCAUCAUUCUAGUAACAAAGAAUUAAAGCGCUUUGAAACUCUUAGCAUCAUCAUCUCAGUAACAAAGAAUUAAAGAGCUUUGAAACUCUUAGCAUCAUCAUCCUAGUAACAAAGAAUUAAAGAGCUUUGAAACUCUUAGCAUCAUCGUCUUAGUAACAAAGAAUUAAAGAGCUUUGAAACUCUUAAUCAUCUUAGUAAAAGGAUCAUCAUCUUAUUUAAAAAAGAAUUGAAGAGCGUCCUGAGAGGAAUUUCAUUGAUGACAUCCUGUGCUUGUUGACCUCGCCAUUUAUUAAUUGACUUUUUGUUUAAUCAGUGUUUUACGCAACUUUCAGCGAGAAUAACUCCUCCAGCCAGGAACUUAGGUACCCUUGUUUGUGAUGCGUAUGACAUAUCUGAUGAUGAAGCCACCUUUUAGUACCUCAGAAAUGUACAUAAAGCACGAACUUUUAACAAUGACUUUUUUGUAGCAUUAAAACUGCAGAGUUAACAAUGACAAUCCCAAUUAGUGCACAGAAAUCUGAAUGACAAACCCAAUUACACAGAAAUUGUAAUGGCAAACCAAAUUAGUACACAGAAAUCUGAAUGACAAAGCAAAUUUUUAACCUUAUAAACAUAUUAAACAAUUUUUAAACUUAUAACAUAUUAAAUAGGAUAUGACAUUGUAAAAAAAAAAAGUAUAUAAGAAUUCUUUCUGAAUUAAGUUUUGUUGCCACUGUGACCUUUACAUUUGAAUUGCUUCUUUGAUGCUUUUAAUUGAUUUGGGGUUAAUUCACUUUAUAAAAUUUAAGUUUUGCAUUACUCAGGACAAGUUAAUGGGCAUAAUAUUAUUAUAUAAUUGGCUAAUAGAUUAAGUUGUUUUUUUCUUUCAACUAAGUCAAUCCUCCUAAAAUAAAUUGUAUUUGAAAUAACAAACUUCUAGCCACUAAAGUAGUUUGAAUGUUACCACCCAAUUUUUAAUGGGUAUUUUAUUAGCAAUAAUUCUAUGAUAAUUUAUGUCCCUCUACAAUAUUUUGGAAGCUUUUAUUUGUUUAACUAUUGAAUGUUAUAUAUAUAUAGCAACCAAGAUUUUACAGUAUCAUAACAGAGUGGUUCCCAAACUGAGUGCUGUGGCUGACUCAGAGGGCAGCUGAAAAAUAUGGAACUAUUUUCACUGAAAUUACACUCAGCCAGUUAUAAUAUAAAAUAGAACCAUCAAUGUGUUACCAUCAAUGAUAGAAAGGAUAUUUAACCGACACUUCACAAAUCAUAGAUUGCUUUCCAGUUGUCAUACUAGAUGACACACUGCUAGAAUUUAAUUAUGUUUAGGUUUAAUUUUUUUAACUGGAGAGCAGUAGAAAAAUUCUUAUACACUUGAGGUUGUCAUGAACUGGAAUGUUUGGGAAUCACUGCUUUAAUGUGGUACUAAUGUCCGGACAGUCAUUUCAUUUUUUAUUUUAAUUUAAUGCCCAAAACAAAACAAAAAUACUUCUGUGUAUCAAAAGUUUAACUGAUGAGCCCACAAAGAUGAGUUUUCAAAUACAUGACAUCGUUGACAUUUUACUUUGGGAUAUUGUAGCUUUGCAGUAAAUGGAAAUCAAAGUUGAUCUAAAUCCUAUUCAAACAAAGCUUGUUACCACUCAUAAAAAAUAAAUGAAUUUCUAAUAAUAUUCUUUUCAAGGCGAGUUUGCAUAUUUUUUUUUGUCGAGAGCUUGUUUUAUGCAUGAAAAUAUUUCAUUGUAAAAUUUAUCAUCAAGAACAUAAAGUCCUGCUAGAAGUUAAAUUAGAAAUGGGAUGCAGUCCUUCUUAGAGAAUAAUAGUCCUGCUAGAAGUUAAAUCAGGAAAAGAUGCUCUUAUUUACUGAACAAACUCAGCUUUAUUCUAUUUAAUUUACUGAACAAACUCAGCUUUAUCCUAUUUAUUUACUGAACAAACUCAGCUUUAUCCUAUUUAUUUACUGAACAAACUCAGCUUUACUCUAUUUAUUUACUGAACAAACUCAGCUUUACUCUAUUUAUUUACUGAACAAACUCAGCUUUACUCUAUUUAUUUACUGAACAAACUCAGCUUUAUUCCUUUCUCAAAGUUCACUAACAGUGCAUCCUUCUUUGUAUCAUAAAUAUGUUUUAAUAAAUUUGUCUUAUUUCAUCCUCAGGUCAGCCGAAGGUUGGCAAAGUGGCAGGGGCAAUGAACCCAUCCAUUAGCGAGGUAAUUUCAAAUCUUUUAUGGAUCCUGCCAAAAUGCGUUCCAUCUAUUCUGUCUUGCAUCACAUUAAUUAAUAAUAAAUUCUAAAUCCUUGAUCAAAAUUAUCUCUUAAAACAUCACAUAAUUUCCGAAAAAUUAUUUAGCUAUUUAGUUAACAUCUUAAAUGGAUUUAACUUGGGUUUAAUGCUCUCAACUUCCUAUUGCUUAAAUGGUAUGUAAAACUUGAGUUGACACGUCAACUUUUUUAAGGUCAAAUCUGAUACUCUAUGCUAAUUACCUUUGCUCACCAACUCACAAAAAUUCCAAUUUUGAAGCAUAAAAUUUCACUCGUAAAAAUAAUAAUGAUCAAAGUCAUCUAAGUUUUAACAAUUAUAUUGAAACAAUUAAUUCCAUGCUUACUCCUCCUCUGCAUCCACCAUAACGGAACGGGACACAACCAAGCUAGUGGCACAACCACAGCUUCCCGUAAACUUGCUUUAUCCAUUAGUGUGAGAUAUAAGCCAACCUUAUUAUAAUUUAUCCCAUAAGGCAAAACAGCUAUUUAGUAUCAAAUUUUAACGUGACUUACUCCCAUGGCUACUCAAGUGAGUAUCUCACUUUUCAUUAAGUAUGAGAAAGAAAAGUUUUGAAAAUGGUUAAUGUCACAUUUUUACAGGAUGUUUAGUUUUUUUACAAUUAUAAUUCACUAGGCAAUGAAAUCUAUUUUUUUAACUUCUUCUCAUGUUCUGUAUGAGAUAUCACUUUUUCUCAUGUUCUUAUUCUUAAUGAGAUAUCACUUUUUCUCAUGUUCUUAUUCUUAAUGAGAUAUCACUUUUUCUCAUGUUCUUAUAUUUAAUGAAAUAUCACUUUUUCUCAUGUUCUUAUUCUUAAUGAGAUAUCUUUUAUUCCUGAAACUUGAGUUAUCAUGAUUAUGAAUAUUUUUAUUUUCUCUUUCAUUUAUUCAAACAUAUUUGGCAGAUUUCUUAUACUUGAGUUUUAAAAAUGAUUUGUUUGCACUGGAUUUUUGCUUUCCUUUCAGGAAAGUGGCUCAGGUGAUUCAGAUAUUGACUUGGACGAUGAUGAUGAUGACGAUGACGAUGAUGAUGAUGAUGAUGAUGAGGAUGAUGAUGAGGAAGACUUUAAAAUGAUGGGCAAAGCGCCAGCCCAGCGAACACGAAAUCAGCCACCCCCUGAUGAAAUGGAAGACAGUGAUUUCUAAAAGCAGCUUUGUUGUGUUGGUUUCUGCUUCGUUCUUAAUUAAAUUUAAUUUAUUAUAUUUAUGAAACAGUCUGAUCAAUCAAAUGUAUUUAUAAUAAAGAUUUUUUUUAAAAAACACAAUUUC